AUGACUAAGGAGGAGUUCCUAUGGGUAUGGACUCCACGUAAAGAUGUCGAUGAGUCUAAAAAAGGCUUCCGUCGGUGGUGGGAUAAACUACCAGGGUUCAAGUACACCUUCUUCUCCUCCAUCGCUGAUGUGCUUGGAGACAAUCUCAUGUUCCUCACUCAACCGUUCCUAUCGAUCAUCCUGUUCAAUCUACUUCAACAAGGUAUGGUCCCUUUCACCCUUAUGUGGUCCUGCAUUUUGCUCGGCGCGCGGUAUAUCUCUGAAGAGCUGCUGGGGGUAGCCUUGGUUGUUGCAAUGACAAUUGUAUCAGCCGUUCUCUCUUCAACAUCUGGUGGGUCCAGCAGUGUUGGUAUGUCUAUUCUCUGCCUCAUGUCAACUCUCUUCCAGGCUCUAGGUCAAGUUAUCAGGGAGGCCAUGUUUCAUGACUACACCCAAUAUGCUCAGAGCCACGGGUAUAAGAACACCGACCUCAAUGUCUUCGCUGUGAGCAGCUCUAAUCACACCUUCGGUAUCAUUUGGGUAUUCCCGAUUUCUAUCUUGGUGGAGCUAUCAAGGACGUCUGACAAUGUACUUGAUGUGAUGGGGGAGGGCUUCCAAACGCUCCUACACGCACAAGGUGCAAUGCCCGCCUUUGUCGUGUUCAUGGUUAUCAACGUCUGCUUUAACAUCACCAUCUAUCUACUCGUUUGCUAUGGUUCAAGUUUGCUUACCUUUGUGAGCCUUAAACUCACAGUGCCCUUGUCAGCAUUCAUGUCGCUUAUUAGUUGGCCUCUUAUCGGUGCCGAUACCAUCACCUGGUUCGAAUGGGUCUGCCUGGUGGUCAUCCUGGCUGGUGUUAUUAUAUUCCGGCAUGGUAACGGCAUACGAGAUAAACUCGAGGCCGAGAAUGAGCGGUUGGAUGAGACUCACAACAAGACGAUCCCGAAGGCUAUCAUCUGCUUCUGGCCCAUAUUCCGGCAUCGGAAGCCCGCGAGGGAGGACGAUGAUCCCAAUAAGGGUGUUGCCAUCAACACUGCCUGGUGCUCACCGAGCUUCCUUUCUCAUAAGAAUUCUACAGCAACUAGUGACGCGAAGUCCGAGUUGACAGACAUCGAGGGCGGUGAAAAGACUUUCGAAUUAACUGUGAAGUGA